AUGAUAGUUGAUGAAGAAUGUCAAGAAAAUAAGGAGGAUAAUAUGGAAACUAGAAAUGGUAACAACAAUUUAGAUUAUCUUGAUGAUCCAGGAAGAUGGAAAAAUCUUGAUAAUAAACUAAUAGACUUAUUAGUAGAAAAAGGUCCAAUUAGAGUGAGUGAUAUAGAGUUUCCAAAAGAUGAUGGUAGACGUUUUUCUACUUAUCACUAUACUAGAAAUUUAUCAAAUGGAGAACAACAUGAUAGAAAGUGUGUUAAUUCUAGUACGAUGAACCAAUUGAGCAACGAAGGAACUAAAGAUUGGAAACAUCUUGGUGAUAGGUUAAAGAGUCAUGAAACAAGAUUUUUAAAUGUAGUAGAUACUUCAGGAAAAGGUCUCUUUGAUGAACUCAUAAGAGAAAUUAAGAAGUUAGAACUUGAUAUAAAUGAUGUAAGAGGACAAAGUUAUGAUAAUGGAUCUAACAUGAAAGGGAAACACCAAGUAAACUCUCUUAGUAAGAACUUUCAAAGUGAAGAAUCAACAAUUAAUGUUGCCAUAGAUCUUCUUAAGGGUCUUAUUUCUCAUUUUAAAAAAUAUAUGGAAAAUGGAUUUAUAUCUUCCAUGGUUUCAGCUAGAAAACUUGCAAAUGAAUUGAAAAUAGAACCAAAAUUUCAUGAAAAACGUGUGAUUCGUAGAAAGAAACAAUUUGAUGAAGAUUUUCAGUUGCAUCUGUAG